AGAAGGCGGCGGCGGCGCGGCCGGUCGGCCAGGUGGGAGGCUGCCGGCUCGCCAUGAGCGGCCUACGGGAGAGCGCGGCGGCCGAGGCGCCGGCCUGGAAGCUGGCCCUUCUGGAGCGGAAGCGGGCCAAGCUGGCGGCCGGCAUGGGUCCGGAGCGCGGCCGGGGCUCUGCUCCGCGGGCAGGCCAGGGCUCGGACGGGCGCGAGGCGGGGGCGGUGGUGGCCGAGAGCCUGGGCCCGCUGCGGGAGAACCCCUUCAUGCGCCUGGAGAGCGAGCGGCGGCGGCGGCGGCGGCGGGGCGCCUGCGAGUUCCCGGGGCCGGCUCCCACCCCGUCGCCGCCCGCCGAGUCCCCGGCCCUGGCGCAGCUGCUGCAGCUCUACGGGGCCAUGCCCGGCAUCCGCACCAUCCGCGCAGACAACAUCCUCAUCAUCGAGUCGAGCGACCCGGCGGAGCCCCCCGGCCGCCAGAGCCCCCUGCGCGAUCUGCUCGCCCGCCGCGGCCCUCCCGUCACCGAGAUCCGCGCGGCCCAAGUCGUCGUCUACGAGCCCGAAGCGCCGCCGCUCGCCGCCGGCCCCGAUUCCGGUCUGGUCAGCCGGCUGCUGCAGAAGUUCGACCGCGCGGCCCCAGGGAAAGGGCGGGGGGGCCACGGCCCUGCCCUGCCGGGGACUCGGCCACCCGCCACCCGCCCGCCCGGCGCUCAGGGCGGCGGCGGCGUUUUCUUGCAGAAGAUCGGCUCCAACUCCUUCGUGGUGAAUCCGCGGGGACACCGCCCCGACAUCGCGGCUGCCUCUGCGCUCAGUAACGGGCGUGCGAAGGAGGAGGAGGAGGUGGGCGCUCCCCCUCCGCCGCCUCCCAACAGUCCCGGGCGGCGCCGGCCGGCAGCCAGCUCCAAAGCCGUGCCAUCCUCCCGGAGCCCCGCGCUUUCGUCUCCGCCAGCAGCUGAGGCGGGGAAGCCAAAGUCCGAGGCUGCUGCCGCCCUUGAGACCUCGCCACAGCCGCCCCCACCGUCCAGUGCCACGCCGACCGGCCGAGCCUCAGACGGUCCUCCCCGGCCCGGCCCGUUCUUCAGCUCCAGCUGCUCCUUUGAGAUCCGCCCAGCCCCGAAGCCCGAUCUCGCCGCCAUCCCUGCUCACGACCUCCAGGCGCGCGCCUUGGCCAGCCUGCGGCUCCAUUCCCGCAACUCCUUCCUCUUUGUGCCCCAUCGGAAAGAGGCGCCGCCUGACCCUCCUCAGCCCGCAGAGGCCCUUCCCGCUGCCCCUGAGGAGACCUCGGCUGAGCCUCUGGUGCCCGUGACUUACAUAGAUGAGGACUUGGUAGCAGCCAUGCCGCCCUUGAAAGUCUUGAGCCCCAGGCUGGAGGGUUUCCAUGUGCCUCCAGAAGGUGCCUUGGCUCUGGAGACGGAAGCCCCUGCUUUGCCCACCUACAGGCCCCUUUCCGCUGGCUCCGAUACUCGCACCUUCACCGUAGUGCCCAAAAGGAAGCCCCCCACGGCCGGCCUGGAGCCCUUCAGCAGUGCCUGGCUGCAGGAGGAGGAGGAGGAGGAAGAGGACAAAAGCCAAAGGGAAGCCCAGAUGGGAGCCCCCCUGCAGGAAUCGGGUCGUGUCAAAAAACGCUACCCCACCGUCAAUGAGAUCGAAGUGAUCGGCGGCUACCUUUCUCUCAAUAAGUCCUGCAUGAGCAAAUCGGGUAUUCGGCGCAAAAAGAUGAAAAUAUCUUUCAAUGAGACCAGCUUGCAAACCAUGUUUGAAUAUCCAUCUGAGAGCUCCUUAGUGGAAGAGGAGGAGGAGGAGGAGGAAGAAGAGGAGGAGGAGGAAGAAUACGCCACAGAAGUAGAUGAGAAGCCUGCCUUUCUCAUUCCUCAUCCAAACAGUACUGUCAACUCAAACCCAGUCAACUCAGGUUUGUCAGGUUACACUCCAAAGCACUCCCUAGGCUUCAACAAGUGGCAGGAGCACCAGCACCAGAAGCUGCCUUCAAGCAUCGGAGCCCUUCCACAGGAGACGGACCAGCAGGUCAUGCUCACCCCUUCCGAAAAAAGCCACCUGUCUGACUUCAGUAGCGAACCUGCCCUCUACUUCUGAGUCCUGAGCGCCGCUGAAGAAAGAUAUUCUUGGCACCUUUGCCCCAUCAGGUACCUGGAGAGACAAAGGUGGCACGCGAAGCCAAACUUCUCUUCCCUCCUCAGGUACUGAGAUGCCACACAGGGCCUCAUGUUCAAAUGCGCCUCUUGUUUCGGCAGCUUGGGUUUUUUUACCUGCAGCUUUCCUGUUCUGAGAAAAAAAACGCCUGAGGUGGCCAGAUGCUGAACGCGCCGCCAAAUGCUCAGACUGCUGUUGAGCCACUAGGCUGAGCUGCUCCCUCCAGCCAGAUGUGCGCAAGAAGGCUCGGCGAUGAACUGGUGCCGAACAAACAAGCAAGCUGUAAUCUAAUGGAAAAUAUUGUCUCGGAACUCACCUUGGGGAAAUCAUGCUCCGAACACUUAGAAGCGGCCACUGAGUUUUUCAGCUGGGCAAAUGACAAAUACUGUUGCCUUUAACAGACUAACUGUACUAGUGGACUCUUGUUACUCUAAACAAAAUUCCAGUUCCCAAAAGGGCUAAUGGUAAAUAUGCACCCUAAUCUGAUGCUUGCAUUUCUGUGACCAAAUUGUGCAGAAGCUCAUGCAUUGUGCAGCAGUCUCUUAGAUGCAUCUUGUGGCAACUGGAAUCAUGUAGAAAGUUGGCAAUUUGUGAUCCGUAAUAGUCUUUUUUGAGCCUCACACAUUUUCCUUGCCAGAUCCAAAACGUUGGUAACCAAGGUUUUAAGAGUUCCUGUGUCUGAAUGAAGCUGUAGGUCAGGUGGCCAAUCCUUCACUUGCGGUGCCACUAAGUGCUGCUUCACUGCUGGGGGCUCCUCCCCUGCUCAGCUCUUAGAGCCCAGUUUUUCAGCACUGACUCAGCUCAAGUCUGAAUCUUGGGAGAAGGGAUGGAGACCCCCGGCUCUCUGAUCCUUCCUCUCCAAAGUACGAUGAUAACCUUUUGCUGUCCUAUUUUCCAGAAAGCAGCUGGUCUGAUCAUCUGAAGGAGGACUAUUCUGAUUAAUUGGUUAGCACUGCACUCAGGUUGUGGAAACCAGAGUAAAACACUGUCAUUAGCAUUUCAGUAACACUCCAGGCAAGAGCAAAAUGUUGCGUGUUUAUGUACGGGGCUCAGCCACACGUAGCCGCCUGUGAAAGGACCAAGUUUUAAACCUCCUGGAGAGUAGGUGUGUGUCUUCUUUCUGUUUAGUAUCUUAAAUCAAAACAAGCUAAUUGACUCUUGUAUAUUUUGCACUUAAUUGUUUAUUAAUGGAGGAAGCUGGGGUUUUGAUAUUACACUCCGCUGGAUCUAGCUGGAGAAAUGAAACCGCUGUACAUGUUCCUCUUCCGCCUUUCAAGCACUUUGGCUUCCCAGGUUCAUUAAACCACACAAGUGAUUUCUUCA